AUGGCCUUCAGCACAAAUUUCAAAGUUUUUGGUAUCACGACAACCACUCUGUUACUCCUUACCGCCGUCAAAGCGAGCAUUGCAAUCCCCACCACCGGCACUACGGCGCUGAGAGAAAAGGCGCAUAAGAAGAACAUCACAAUUGGAUCUGGAGCUAUCAACCCGACAUACCUUGAAGAUCCUGUCUUCGCGGCUGUUCUCGCUGAGCAAUUCAACAGCUUGCAUCCUGAGAAUGAGAUGAAAUGGUCUUUCAUCAACCCUAUGCCAGGCCAUUACAACUGGGAUCCCAUCGACCGUCUUGUUGACUUCGCCAACGAACAUGGCAUGUUAGUCAAAGGGCACGGACUCAUCUCGAGCUGCUGCAAUCCCGACUUUGUAGUCAACAUCACCAAUCCCAAAGCGUUGCGUGCUGCGAUGACGACUCAUUUCGAAGCUAUCAUGCACCGGUACGAAGGACGGAUCGACCGAUGGGACGUAGUCACUGAGGCUCUUAAAACAAUGGGUGGAGGCUUAAAUGCGAAUGACUUCUCCAGACAACUUGGUCCGGGUUACAUCAACGAAGCCUUCGGUAUCGCACGGGCUGCAUCCCCUGGAGCCAAGCUAUACAUCAACGAAAACCAAGUAGAAGUGCUUCCCGGCAAGCGUCAAGAGCUUGAAGACCUGGUUUUUAGAAUCGUUGCAGACGGCGUUCCAAUCGAUGGAGUUGCCCUGCAAAUGCAUAUUACCGAAGUCGCUCCAGUACCCGGCGUGAUAACGGACAUGGUUCGUUUCUACAAAGCGCUCGGGCUGCAAGUCGAAAUCGCCGAAAUGGAUAUCUAUGGUGCCGUCGUCAAGGAGGCUUUGGAGGCAGGAAUCACAGAUAUCAACUUCUGGGGCUUUACCGAUAAGCAUGCUCACACUUGGGUGCCAGGCGCAAAGCCGCUCAUGUUUGAUGAGAACUACAAACCAAAGGGAGCUUUCUAUGCGACUCAUAGUGAUCUAGAGGAGUUUGUCAAUGAAUGCUAG